GCGGUUGCCAUAGCUACGGUGUACACAGCUACCAAGCCUCGCAUAGCUGGUUUUCUGCUGGCGGGAGGAAAGAGGCAGCACCAUGAGCCAGAUAGUGACCAUCCAGGAACCCAGGUCCACCGAUCAGAGGAUUCCGUACCAAUGCAGAGAGGUGUCGAGGGCCAAGGGCAGAUUCGCCAAUCGAAUGUACGAUUACCUGUACGACCCGUUAUUUAUUGUGUCGAGUGAGCGAGACCAUGCACAGGCCAAUAUCCGAGCCACCCUGGUUCGAAGCAGACUGAAAAAAGUUCCCAACUUUCGGUCCAUGUUCAGUAACCUGUUUCAUCACCCAAGAUACUCUAUGUACUGGAGCAAGUCAGACCCUGUCCCAUCGCACAUCACUCGAGAGUGGAGGGGACAAGAAGGCAAACACAAAGAAGUAUUCCGGCUUCAUGCUGCGAUGGAUACUUCUUUCCAGAUGCCUGAGGAAAAGUACGAAGAUCUGGAUGUUUCUGGAAAGAACCGCUACAAGUUCUUUGACAGGCCCUUCCUGCCAUUUCUUCAACAGAUGCCUUUGAAUGUUGUUUUGUCACCAGCCAAGACACAACAAUUUCUUCUUUCUCCCGAGCCUUCCAAGUAUGCAAUCAUCCCUACCAAGUCCACUGUGGGCACUCAGACUGAUUACCGGGACGCAGACGUUCAAACAGAUCCAUACUCUCCAGAAUAUGUUGUGUGUCAAGACACCAUCCCUGAGCUCUUGACCCUGGCCAGUCUGACUUGGGGCCGAGGUCUACCAGCAGGACAAGCCGAGGUGGAAAUGAUAGAGCGGGCCCGGGAGAAGCGAGCUUGGGAAGCCACUCUGCCCCCACUGAACGACAGCGUCCAGGCUGAGAAGAGGAGGAAGAUGAUGAAUGCCAUGGAAAGGAAGGAGUGGGCCUUCAGAGAAGGAGAGAUUGAGAAACUGCAGGAACUGCGCCUGGAGGUUUUGAAACAGUUGCUGAAGAGGCGUGAGGAGAACCAGAAUGAGCUGGACAUGAGGCACCUGAACGACCAGUGGUGUAAACUGCAGGAAGCAAAGGAGGCCAAAGUGGCCCAGAUCCGUCACAAACAUGUAUCAGAUAUCAGAAAACUCAUGGGGAGAGGGAAGAACAUAGAAGGGAAGCUGCAGCGGAGAGACAUCAUCAAGGACUACGCUAACUUUGCAUCUCAGGUCUAUGGACCUCUGUCUCGCCUUGGCCGUUUCCCAGACAACAACUCAGAGGACUUUGUAGUCAGAAACCACUAUCUCAACACCUAUGAAGGAUUAGUGGAACUUGAAUCAUCCCUCCCCGAUUUUGUGACACAGCCAAGGAUCAAACCUCCAAAGCCUCAAAUCAUUACCACCAAGGCUGGCUUUCUGAAGAGGACAGCCAGGAUGGACUAUGAGUUGGCAGAGGUUCACAAGGCGCUGGUGGAUAAGAAGAAUAAAGGUCUAGAAGGAACAAAAUCUCUGCGAUUCCUGCAAAAAAAUCCCAUUUCUCAGGCUCGGCUUCCAACCCCCUCCUUGGAAAUGACUUCCUAUGAAGAAGGAGAAAUAGAAAUGGCUGUGAUCUACUUGCAGAAGCUACUCCGGGGCAGAGUCGUGCAGAACAUGAUGUUUGAGGGCAAGGAGAAGCGGCUGGAGUUGAUCCUGGAGUUGCGCACCAGCCAUGCCCUGCAAGAGGAUGACAAGCUAGUGAAGAAAGCAGAGAAGCAAGUAACCCUGGCUCUGCAGCGGCAGAGGAACCUGCACGAGGACAAGUUGUCAGUGAUUGAAAACCACUUGGGUGACCUGGAAGGAAGAGUGCUGGCCGAUAUGUUCGACUUCCUGUCCAAAGAGCUGGUGAGGCUGCAGGAGGAGAGGAGGAUCCAUGCCUUCGCCAUGCUGGCUGAGCGCCAACGGCGCAUGCGGGAGGCAGAAGAGAGCGGUCGGCGCCAGGUGGAGCAAAGGCGCCUGAAGCAAGAGGACCUGAUAUUCAAGGAGGUGAUUAAAGUUCACCAAAGCACGGUGACCUCCUACCUGGAAGACAUCAUCCUGAACACGGAGGAGAGCACGGCAGAGGAACAAGCCAGAGAAGAAAUUGAGAGGAUCGCUGAGGAGAUCAACGACAUCGCUUAUGAAAUGGAGACCCGCCGAACCUACCUUCAGUCAGAGGAGAUUGUUGCGGAGCUGAUUUACAGUUUUCUCAUCCCAGAGGUACAAAAAGACUUUGUCAAAGAAAAAGUGAGGAAUGCGCAGCGGAAGCACAUCCUGGCGGCCCAUGAGAUCAUUCACAGCAACACGGAAUCGAUGCUGGAGGAGCAAGUCUAUAAGGAACAGCAGUCAGAGGACUUGGAGCUAGGUGAGGCUGAGAGCCUAGACUCUGAGGUGCCAGCUGCCUCAGUCUCUAAUACGUCAACUAUAAAAGCUGCCGGGGAUGAGAGAGAAGGCUAGGUGAGUCUACCUUUCCACCCGGAAGGAAGUCCUCCUGGAGGAGGGGAAGCAGCUCCCUUCAGCCUUGGGCACUACUUCAACCAGGUGUGGCAUGAGCGGGACCGUCUGUUGUUAAAACAGAACAAAAACAAAAAUGAAAACGAAGCGCUUCCACUAAAACUGCUCACCUCAUCUGGGUUAGGGUACCUAUUGCUGCGUUUAUUAGACAGUUAGAGUUGGCUCUAUCGCAACCUAACUCUUGCAAUCUAAAAAAUAAGACUAUAGGUUAUUUGGGGGGGGAGGUCAUUCUAGCCUAUAAUGUACUCCAUCACAAAUAAAGCAUCAUGGAUUGUG